AUGGGAAAUAAAAUCCUGUCGGAAGCCACUAGAGAAGGCUUAGCCAGCAACACUGAUCGCUUUCAUAGAAGCACAAGGAAUGAGCGGAUCUACAAGGACCAUACGUCCGAAAUACGGCGGCGGGUGGCAGAAAAACUGAAGAAUAAACGCUAUGUGGAGUUAAAAGAGGUUUUGAGGACGUUGGCUCUUUUGGAGCCUACGCCAGAAAACAUAGCACGAUAUCGUGAAAUCUGUGAGCUGGACAUAGACGAGGAUGGUGAGUCUUGUGAAGAACACAGCAAAGCCAAAGAGGAAUUUUUGAAACGUUUGGAUCAAAGUAUGGCAUGGUGUCAAAGGGGAGAACAAAGACGCACUUGUGCCACGUCUGAUCUUGGCGUUACAGGACCCUUCCAUCUGAAAGAAGCACAGAACGUUUCGAGAGGCAUAAUGCGCCAGCGUGAAAGCGCUACCAACCAGUUUGCCAGACCUUGGGCUGAUCCAAGAUUGGUCUAUACACUUGCCACCUGGGAGCCCAACAGAAAGUGUCAUCCUCGGGCAUGUCGGCGAGUGCGGUUCAAGGACGAAAUCUACGAUAACCUGGAAGACGAUUGCGAGCCAUGUCAGAAUAGUUCGGACAAGAUCAAAGAAUCAACGAGCAUCGAUGAAAAAAUCAAUCGCGAGUUCGAUGAACCGGAUAAUUUGUACUACGACAAAAACGUGUUUACUAACAUCGCGUCUCGUCUUGCCAUUCCAUUCAAAACGGAGGCCUGCAAAAGGUUCCAUCAGAAAUACACUGAUCCUUUGCCAGACCUGAGAACCUACCACACCUUUGCCAAGAAACAUUUCUUUAAUGGAUUGCACACUUCGGUCUUUAGAGGGUAA